AAGAAGAAGAAGGGGGGAAAAACUCUCUGAAGGAAAAAGCUCACGGAAGAGGCAGUUUGUUUUUUCCCCUCAGUGCAUCUUUUUUCGCCGUUAAUUUCUUUUAAAAAACGACACCCCCGUUGUCAUUUACCGAGGAAAUAAAACACUGCGUGGGUAACUUUUAAUAAGGGACGAUCCCGAACAGACACGAUGAACCUGGAAAGAUUACCAAAUGAAGAGAAACUUGGUCUGUGCAGAAAAUAUUACUUGGGCGGAUUUGCAUUUCUGCCAUUCCUGUGGCUUGUCAACGUUGUUUGGUUUUUCCGAGAAGCUUUUGUAAAGCCAGCCUACACUGAACAACUACAGAUAAAAACAUAUGUGAAGCGAUCAGCAGUGGGGUUGCUGUUGUGGGUUGCAGUACUCACCACCUGGAUCACUAUUUACCAGCACUACAGAGCCCAGUGGGGGGAAGUGGGAGACUACCUCUCCUUCACAAUUCCACUGGGCAUUCCUUAGACUUUUUUUUUUUUUUUUGCAUUUAAUCCGUAUUUUGGUCGCUUGCUAAAUGUGUUGGAAUAAAUUCUGAUGUAUGUAUGUGCAGUGGUGCCUUGAGAUACGAGUCUUCUGAGUAUAGAAUUCUUUGAGGUAUGAGCUGUGAUGUGUAUAUAUCUUUAAUGAAAUUUGUGCUUUGGAUGUGAUCUAAAAUUAAAGACUGAGAAAUAUAGAAGCAGAGGAUAAUGUAAAGUUUACACUGCGUUUUUUACAGUACUGUACUGUAUAUAGCCUCCUAUACUGCCCCCAUGUGGCCAAGGUGGGUAGAAAACUUUUGAGUGUGACAAAAGCGGUUAAUUUUAAUUCAAUUUGAUUGCCCUUACAGUUUUUUUUUUUUUAAUAACAUCAUAGAGUACUUUUUCCCCAUUAGUACCACAUUACAGAAUGUUUUUGGUGGGAAGCUGGAAAGAGAUUAACGGCUUUUCCAUUAAUUUUGAAUGGUGAUUUGAGUUCAUGUGUGGUCACAGAGCAAAUUAAACUCAAACCAGGGCACCACUGUAUUUGCAUAUACAAUCUUGAUUGGAAGACACAUUAACAUUUAAUUUUUUAUAUUGUGGUAGGUCUGACUCAAUGUAAAUCAUGAAACUAUGUGCGUGGAUGAGCAAUAUUUACCCUUGUUUAAAUGAUCAGUAAAAACUACAACAAAUUUCUGUGUUCUACAUUCCUGAAUGAAACAGCAAGUGAGAUGACAACAUAAAUCAGUGCAAUGCAAUACUGUAAGAACACAAGCAUGUUCUUUGACUCAUCAGUGAGGUAUGUUGUGGACACAAAAUGUUAAAUGUAGUAGAGGUCCCCGAAAGUCUGGACAAUUAUUGGCGCCUGUUGUGAAAUCCAAUACCUUAAUCCCCAUAACCCCCCCGCACGUUCCUAUCAUCCUUUUCGAGUCAUAACAGUGUGCCGUAUUUAGAGUGGAGUGAAAAUUUAGGUGCCAGGUCCCACAUCUCUUUCAAGGAGAACAUGCACGUACUGUCACUCCAAUAUGACUAGAUGAUUUAGAACAUUAUGUACUUUUCAAGGACAGUGACUACAUGGUACUGAAAAGAUAGAUGCUAUUUUGGAUAUAUGGUGAUUAGA